AUGGCUUCUUAUUCUACUCCCCCAAAUGAGAAGGCUGAGGUCUUUGAGGCCGAGGCUGCUGGUAGAGGGCAGGUCGAUCGUAUCGACGCUAUGGCUACGGCACCUGGUACAACCCUCGAGUCAUUUUCUCAUCUUGAUGAGAAGAAGAUUCUUCGCAAGAUGGACAUGCGAUUGAUCCCCAUGCUCGCACUUCUUUACCUCCUCUCUUUUCUCGACCGAGGAAACAUCGGAAAUGCAAAGAUCGAGGGUCUCCAGGAAGAUCUCAAGAUGAGCCCGGACCAAUACAACUGGUGUCUCACCGUCUUCUUCUUUACGUACGCCGCCUUCGAAGUCCCGUCGAAUCUCCUCCUCAAGAAGCUCCGCCCAAGUGUCUGGCUUCCUACCAUAAUGAUAGCAUGGGGUAUAGUGAUGACACUCGUGGGCAUUGUUCAAAACUACCACGGUCUUCUCAUUGCGCGCAUUUUUCUUGGUGUCACUGAGGCCGGUCUCUUCCCUGGUGUCGCUUACUACCUCACAAUGUGGUAUUGUCGUCACGAAAUCCAAUUCCGACAGGCCCUCUUCUUCUCUGCAGCUUCCAUCGCCGGUGCAUUCAGCGGUCUACUGGCCUUUGGUAUCGCAAAGAUGGAUGGUGUUGGUGGCCUUGAAGGAUGGCGCUGGAUCUUCAUCCUCGAGGGAAUCGUUACUGUUCUCGUUGCCAUCUUUGCCUUCUGGGCACUUUACGACUUCCCUGAGACUGCAAGCUUCUUGACUGAAGAAGAGCGCGCUUUCGUCGUGUUCAGACUCAAGUAUCAGGGUCAGCAGAAGGCUGCGGGACAGAGUCAGUCUCGUGUUGCACAGGCCGACGAGUUCAAGUGGGAGUAUGUUUGGGCGGCGUUUAAGGACUGGCAGAUUUGGGUCAACAUCUUUGUUUACUGGGGUAUUGUUUGUCCGCUCUAUGGUAUCAGUCUUUUCUUGCCCACCAUCAUUCGAAACCUUGGCUACAGUUCUAGCAAGGCCCAGCUUAUGACUGUUCCUAUUUACAUCACUGCAGCUAUCCUAGCUGUUAUUGUCGCUUGGACAUCAGACCGAGUUGGAAAGAGAAGUCCAUUUAUCGUGUCAUUCCUCUGCGUCAUGGUUGUUGGCUUUACGAUGUGUAUCUCUACCCACAACCCCAAGGUUGUCUACGCCGGUGUCUUCAUCGCAGCGUGUGCCAUCUAUCCGGCGUUCCCAGGAGUUAUUACUUGGCUGGCCAAUAAUCUAUCAGGAAGUUACAAACGCAGUGUUGGAAUGGCGAUUCAGAUUGGAGUUGGAAAUCUCGGCGGUGCCAUGGCGUCAAACUUUUACCGACAAAAGGAUAGGCCUCGCUACAUUUUGGGUCACGCCCUGGAACUGGGUUUCAUUGGCGGGGGUAUUAUAGCGGCUCUUAUCUUGAUCUUCAGCUAUAGCCGCAUCAACAAGAGUCGUGACAGGAGAAUGGCAGCUGGUGAACAUGAGACCAUCUCUGAGGAGGAACUUUCCGCCAAAGGAGACAAGGCUGUAACCUGGCGAUAUAUGCACUAA